AUGGAUUGUGUUGAACCUGGGUUACAAAGUAGAAAUACUAGUGUUAAUAUAGAUAUUCCAGUACACAAGGAUGAUGACAAUGUUCAAAUUCACUGGGUUAAUUCAGAUCAAAUUAUUGGUUCAGGUGAGAAAAUAGAGUUUACUGUUAAUGGGUCGAUUAAUGUUUGUCAUGAAAAAAAAGGUAGAAAUCCAGUCAAAGUAUUAGUUCCAGCUAUAUUUUGUUCUGAUGGUUCAGAACCGGACUACGAUGGAGCUAAAGAUCUUAACAGUAAUAAGUUAAUUGAUGGGUUAAAUGGAAAUGAAGUAUGUAAAAAUAAAGGAUUUGUAGGUAACAAUUGGAAAGUAAGCAAUAGGCGUUAUGUUGAUACUGGAAUCAAAGUUAAUCCUGGUGAUAAGUUGAAUUUUAAAUUAGUGCCCAGAGAAAUAAAAAUUGAUUGUAAUAAGCUAAAAGAGAUAACCUUGGAUGACAACUGCUAUAAAACCGCAGAGGCUACUGAUAAAAACAAAGUUACUCCACAUGCAAUAUGUAAAGGAGGUACAUUUUUCUGUGAAGAUCAGGACAAUAAGAGAGUUAAAACAAAAUUGGAGCCAUUAGAAGGUCAGGAACAGAAAUAUAAAGUUUUAGUGGGUAAUGGAUAUACCCCAUAUGAUAAUAAAGUACACUUUAACGUUAGUAACGGAGUUCAAUGGAUAAGUGGUUCACUGUUAGAUUUACGUCGUAAUAAGGUAGGUCUAGAUAAAGUAGACCUAGAUAAGUUAUGUGCAGGAGAGAAAGACCCGACAAAGAAGAAAGAGUGUCAUGAUAAUGAGAAAAAGAAAUAUUCAUCUAGUGAACUGAAUUGUUAUUAUGAUAGAAUAUGUUAUAAUAAAGAAGGUAUAGGAAACUGUAUCUCUUCAAUAAGGCGUGAAGAGUAUGAUGUAGGAGGGAAAUGUAAUAUGUAUCCUUAUCUUGAAAAGCUUGCACAAAGAAAUGUUGGUAGGGAAAAUUCUUGGGCUGAAGCUCUAGUUGCAAAAAUUGCUAGCAGCGACAUAGAUUAUAGUAAUACUCCUUACAAUAGUCGUGCAGAUAUGGAUAUUAAUGCUAAAGGCACUCAAUGCCUUCCAGAGAAAAAUGGAUUAACAGGUGAUAAUGUGUGUUCAAAAAUUAGUAAGGAUUUUGAAGAUUUUUCUUUGCAAUUACAUCGUGAUUAUCUAGUGAAUAAUGAUGUAAAGCCUGGUAGUAAUGUAAUGCUUGCAAUAGCAAAUAACGGUAGUUAUGUUGUUAAUCGUGGUGGAUAUCACGUGCAA